CAGUGUCAGUGGCGCCGGGAGCGGCGGCAGGUGUGAGCACAGAAACGAUGGCGACAGAGUCCCCGCGCCGGCCCAGCCGAUGCACAGGAGGGGUGGUGGUUCGGCCUCAAGCUGCCACGGAACAGUCCUACAUGGAGAGUGUUGUUACCUUCCUGCAAGAUGUUGUGCCACAGGCCUACAGUGGGACCCCACCAGAAGAAAAGGAGAAGAUUGUUUGGGUCAGAUUUGAAAAUGCAGAUUUAAAUGAUACAUCCAGGAAUAUGGAAUUCCAUGAAAUCCACAGCACUGGGAAUGAACCCCCCUUGCUGCUGCUGAUUGGGUACAGUGAUGGAAUGCAAGUCUGGAGCAUCCCUGUGAGUACAGAGCUCACCUCUCCUCCCUGCCAGGGGAUUUUCUCUCUUCGGCAUAACCCGGUGAGGGCUGGGAAAACUGUCCCAGCAGCUGAGUUAGAGCAGGGUGCCCAGAAAUGUGAUAAUUUCUCUGAGAAACGGCCCCUGCUUGGUGUGUGCAAAAGCAUUGGAUCCUCUGGCACCAGCCCUCCCUACUGCUGUGUGGAUCUGUAUUCCCUGAGAACAGGAGAGAUGGUCAAGUCCAUCCAGUUCAAAACUCCCAUUUAUGACCUCCACUGCAACAAGAGGAUCCUGGUCGUGGUCCUGCAGGAGAAAAUCGCUGCCUUUGACAGCUGCACCUUCACCAAAAAGUUCUUCGUUACCAGCUGCUAUCCUUGUCCAGGGCCAAACAUGAAUCCUAUUGCCCUCGGAAGCCGUUGGCUUGCUUAUGCAGAAAAUAAGCUGAUCCGAUGCCAUCAAUCCCGUGGUGGAGCCUGUGGAGACAACAUCCAGUCUUACACUGCCACAGUCAUUAGUGCUGCCAAAACGAUAAAGACGGGGCUGACCAUGGUUGGGAAGGUGGUCACUCAGCUCACGGGGACGCUGCCGUCGGGAGCCACCGAGGAGGAGAUUUUGGCUCACAGCAACCUCCGCCGGAGCCCUCUGGUGCCCGGGAUCGUCACCAUCAUCGACACCGAGACGGUGGCAGAGGGACAGGUGCUGGUGAGCGAGGACUCGGACAGCGACGGCAUCGUGGCCCAUUUCCCUGCCCACGAGAAGCCCAUUUGCUGCAUGGCCUUUAACCCCAGUGGGAUGUUGCUGGUCACCACUGACACGUUAGGCCAUGAUUUCCAUGUUUUCCAAAUCCUGACACAUCCUUGGUCAUCAUCACAAAGUGCCGUCCAUCAUUUGUACACACUUCACAGGGGAGAGACUGAAGCCAAAGUCCAGGACAUCUCCUUCAGCCACGACUGUCGCUGGGUGGUGGUCAGCACGCUCCGGGGCACUUCCCACGUUUUCCCCAUCAAUCCCUACGGGGGCCAGCCCUGUGUGAGGACACACAUGUCCCCCCGGGUGGUGAAUCGCAUGAGCCGCUUCCAGAAGAGCGCGGGGCUGGAGGAGAUCGAGCAGGAGCUCACGUCCAAGCAAGGGGGACGCUGCAGCCCCGUGCCAGGCCUGUCCAGCAGCCCCUCUGGCUCACCCCUCCACGGUAAACUGAACAGCCAAGACACUUACAACAACUUCACAAACAACAAUCCUGGGAACCCUCGGCUGCUGCCUCUUCCAAGCCUGACUGUGGUGUUGCCUCUUGCUCAGAUCAAGCAGCCAAUGACGUUGGGGACCAUCACCAAACGCACAGGACCUUACCUGUUUGGAGCAGGAUGUUUUUCCAUAAAAGCUCCCUGCAAAUCCAAACCAGCUCCCCAGAUCUCACCCAGUAAGUCUGUGGGGGGAGAGUUUUGUGUCGCCGCAGUCUUCGGAUCAUCAAGGUCAUGGUUUGCAAACAAUUCCGGUCUGAAGCGGGAAAAAGAUCAAUCCAAGCAGUUUGUGGUGGAGUCCUUGUACAUCAUCAGCUGUUAUGGGAGCCUGGUGGAGCACGUCCUGGAGCCAAGGCCCCUCAGCACAGCUCCCAAAAUCAGUGAUGACACCCCCCUGGAAAUGCUGACCUGCCCCAGAGCCAGCUGGACUUUGGUUAGAACUCCUCAGUGGAAUGAGCUCCAACCACCAUUUAAUGCAAACCAUCCUCUGCUCCUGGCUGCAGAUGCUGUGCAGUACUACCAGUAUCUUCUGGCUGGCUUGGUGCCACCGGGGAGCCCUGGGCCCAUCACCCGGCACGAGUCGUACGACAGCUUGGCCUCCGACCACAGCGGGCAGGAGGACGAGGAGUGGCUGUCCCAGGUCGAAAUAGUGACUCACACGGGGCCCCACCGACGCCUGUGGAUGGGCCCCCAGUUCCAGUUCAAAACAAUCCACCCCUCGGGCCAAACCACCGUCAUCUCCUCCAGCUCGUCGGUGCUGCAGUCGCACGGCCCCAGCGACACCCCCCAGCCGCUGCUGGACUUCGACACGGACGACCUCGAUCUCAACAGUCUCAGGAUCCAGCCGGUGCGCUCGGAGCCCGUCAGCAUGCCGGGGUCACCGCGGCCCGCCGCCGACCGCAGAGGGGUCUCCACAGUCAUCGACGCUACUUCAGGUGCCUUCGACCGGAGCGUGACCUUGCUGGAGGUGUGCGGGAGCUGGCCCGAGAACUUCGGUCUGCGCCACAUGUCCUCCAUGGAGCACACGGAGGAGGGCCUGCGGGAGCGCCUGGCCGACGCGAUGUGCGAAUCCCCCAGCAGGGACAUAGUGGGAUCAGGAACAGAGCUUCAGCGAGAGGGAAGCAUAGAGACGCUGAGUAACAGCUCUGGCUCCACCAGCGGCAGCAUCCCGCGCAACUUCGACGGCUACCGGUCCCCCCUCCCGACUAACGAAAACCAGCCCCUCAGCCUGUUCCCCACGGGAUUCCCCUAAAUUAGCCGAACAUCCAGGGAGAGAUCCAGACAGGGUAAGGAGCCGCCUCUCCGCCUAAACAAUCCCGCUGUGUCCGUCACCUGCCGGCUCCCGUGGCGCUGGAUGGUUCUCGUUACCCUGAUGAAUAUUGACGACUCUCAGACCUUCCUGAAACUGUACUCACGAAAUCUUGACUCUGUGUCCCUGUGCAAUAUGAAGAGGCUCCGUCUUCAAAUCCUGAUAGCCCUGCGGCUUCUUUUCUCGCUGUCUUCAGGGAAGAGGUUGGGUGAGGAGAGAUAUUCCUAAGCCAUUUUUGGGUCAGGCGCGCGGUCUCACGGCCACUCUCUGCUUUCCUCGUGUUGAGAGAUGAAUUUCCGUAACUCAGAGGAGCUCUCGCCGUUCGUGCAAGUGCCGAGCAUUAAUGGAUGAACUGGAGAGACUGGAAACUGGAGGACUUUGUGUGGACAGGGUUGAUAAUGUUGUUCCUUCCUCGUCGCGUCUCCUUGCUGCCCUCCUUCCCCUCUGAUACUCAUCGAUGCCAGGAGUAUUACAAAUGGAAAUGUUUCUUUUCUGUUCUUUGGAAGGAUUCUCUCUAUUGCUCCGGUUUUCUUCUAGUCAUGUAUUUUAGAAACGUACUUAAUUGACUAAACUGCAGUCACAGAUUUCUCAUAUUUGGUUAUAAAAGUUGUUCAUUGGAACUCAGAUAUCUGUCCAGAAAUGCAUGUGUCAUUGAAUAAAUCUAAGUUAAACAAGAAA